AUACUCUUCCCAUGGUCCCUCCCUGCUACCACGGCGACGCAGCUGUCACCUGUCAGUUUGAUGGCGGGGAUGCGCACUAGCCUGUUAUGGCUCAGAAUAGAAUGGUGGCAGAGUUUAGCUGGAAGAGCACAACACCAAGUCUGUGAAAGAAUGAACAGAUGACAAGGGGGAAAAAAUCUCAGCUAUAUGGGAAUGUGGCAUAUGUGCACUUUGAGGUUUCUGGGUGUUCUUCAUGGGAGUGACUGACUACCUCUAAAGGAGAGACUUUGGUUCAGAUUGAGUUGAAUGGAGGACCAGGACAGAGUGAGCCAAGCGUCCAGUGUGGCCACUAUUUCCUACUUCCCUGUCAGAAAGGAUGGUGAUGGAAAGGUGCAGACAUUUGGGAAAAGAUGUCAGGCUGCAAAGAGAGACCCCAACUGUCCUGUGGUGAUCAGAGGAUGGCUUAAUAAAAAAGAUAGCUCUGGUUUGAAGCUGUGGAAGAGAAGGUGGUUCGUCCUCUCCAACUACUGCCUGUUUUACUAUAAAGACAGUAGAGAAGAAUCUGUGCUGGGCAGCAUCCCACUCCCAAGCUAUAAGAUUCUGUUCUGCACACCACGGGAAUGCAAGAACAGAAAAUUCACCUUCAAGGUGGUGCACCAGGGAAUGCGUUCUUAUUUCUUCAGUGCUGACACUCAGGAGGACAUGUUGGGCUGGGUCCGAGCCCUCAGUCAGUCUGCUGCGAUGGAGCCAGAAAGUUCCCUGUACAGGCGUUGCUCAAGUUAUCAGGAUUUCACACACAUAGGUGGCAGCAGCGAGUCUGAGGACUUCCCCCGAUCCCCAUCUGAUGGAGAAGGACCCCCUCAAAAACACAGGCACGUCAGCAGAACUCUGAGUGAACCAAGUCAUCUGAGUGGUGGGAGAGUGGGGACGUCACACACGGAGCAGAGAGGGAGGCGGAGUGUGCAUCAGAGGAACAGCAGCCCUUCAGCCCGUACACCCAGCCCGCUUGACUACAACAGAAGAAGAGCCUGUGGUCCAAACCCAGAUGAUCCUCUUCACUACAUCUCCGGUGAAAACACUCCCCCCACACAGGCAGAAAUGAUGGGAACAGGCUCUUUGCCCUCGAGGGCUCAACUGGGUUCACGACCUCAUACACCAGUGGGAAGGGUUGACAUUCGACCUCAGGACGACCCGGUCAUGAUGCCUCAGAACCUGUAUUAUGCACCUGCUUCCCCGAAACUGGAGUUCAAGUCAACUCCUACCACUCCAGUCACAGAGAGGUGGCAAAAUCUAAGCAAGCCCACACCUACAUAUGGCUCUGUCCAUCAUAUCCCAGCUGGACGAAGGCCUUUAGGAAAGAGCUACUCUACGGGGGCACAUGCAGAUUUACUGCCCCCUUUGCCCCCCUCAUCGAGAGCUGCACAUGUUUCCCACCCAACACAACACCACCACCACCAUCAUCACCAUCACCGCAACCAUUUAUCUGUUUGUGUGCUGCCGGCAGCUAUGCCCCAAAAGCCCGACCCAAGGGAAUCCCAAACAAUGAGACCCCUCGAAAGCGAUGCAGAUGCUGUGUUGACAAGGUUGUGUGGGUGUGACAAGCUGCUCCAGUCUCUGUCAGUGGAACUGGCCCAGCUACAACUGGAUAAGGAUAGUGUCCACUGUGCAUUAGAAGUCUCCAGACUGCAGCUGGAAGAGUGGAAGAUCCAAGGACCCCAGGCCUAUGAAGAAGCUCUGAUGCAGAAGGCUUUGCUCCAAGAAGAGCUAGUCACCAUCCGAGCCAGAAUGUGUGACGUAUCACUGGAAAUGGACAGGGUGUGGAGUCAGUAUGAGAGAAUGGAGAGUGAACUGUCUGUUAUUCGAUCACACCUUCAGCACAUCUGCAGCUUUGGAAUGCCACAGGAACAGUCUCAGGCCCAGAGAGAGCUGUGGAUGAUGGAGGACAUCCUUGCAGGACUGAAAGUCAACAGGGAUCACUUCCGUUUCCUGUUGGGACUGCAGAGGCAUCACUUGUACCAGCCAACAUCCCCACAUCCUGGAUCUCCUGGUUCACCCACAGAGAGACUGCCAAUGGAUAUGGAUCAAGAGCCACCAGUCCGCCCACCGUUGCCCCAGGAGUUGCAGGAAAUCAGCCAGAUCAGGGAUCAGAGCCAUGGCUGGACAGAGACUUCAUAUGAGCCAAUCUACAGCCACGCUGUUGAUCCUGCACAAAGACGAGGCAACAGCCAGCCUGACCUCCUUAAUGUGAAAACACACAGAGACACAUCCGAAUCUCAUUCUUCUGCAAAAUGGACCACACCAGACACAACAAGCCAUUCAACCAAGAAGAUUAAGAUGAGUGAAGAGGAGCAGAUUGAGAGGAUGAAGAAGAAUCAGGAGAGGCUGACUAAUAAAAAGCCCCCCCUACCAACUACAGGUGCCCUUUGUCAGACAAAAGAUGUGGAAACAAAAGAAGAGGCCCCCUUUCCUCUAAGGGUGACACGGGUGGUUACAUCUGUACUACCUUCCUCUCUCAUGGCCAGACGGGUGUCCGUUGAAGACCCCCCACCUGAGUUGGACACUCCAUUGCCUGAGCAGAUCUCACAUGAACCACAGCAAAGACACGCUGAGCAAAGUAAAAAAAUGCUGAACAGGCCAUCAAGGCGGUUGUUACCGGAGAGUCCUGAUCAAAACUGUUUGGAGAUGCACCAGGGUCAGCCCAUCAAAAAGACAAUCAGACAGAAGCAUCAGGGAUUAUUUAAGUCCUCCACACAGGACUCUCAGCCAGAAGCGAGCAGAGAUGAGUCUACAGAGGCUUCCAGGAGCCAAGUUCGUGACCAAGCAGGUUUAGGGAGUAGAAGUGCAAGCUUGGAUGUCAGGGACCGGCACUCUGCCCUCCUGACCCCUGAACUGCAGCCUGACCUCUGUCUGACCCCAGAGCAGCGGGAAGCUAAACUCCGACGAGUGGAACGUAUACGAGAAAGAGUGAUACGAAGUGCAGCCAGAGAGAGUGUCACAGCACCCAAUCAACACCCAAUGUGGAGGGAGGGGCAGGACCAGGUGCCCCCUGACACAACAAGAAAGCAAAAGGCAAAAACAGACCACAAUCAUGGAAACAGUGCGGAUAAUAUCAGAAGUCCUGAGUGCUAUGGAAGAUCUCAGGACAUUGAUGAAGGACAUGAACGUGUUAGAAAAUCUAAAAGUCCUUUAGGGAACAAAACACAGCACAAAGAUUACAGUGGAAAAAAAGGGGUUGCCAAAACUAAAAUCAAACGUCCAGCUUCUCCAUAUCAUAUCUCAUCUGUGACUGUCUACCAGAGAAAUGGAGGCAAGGGAUUUAUGAGUUGCAAAGAUAAAGAGAAGCAAAAGCUUGAAGAACCCGACGUGGAUGAUAAUGAAAGUAAUUUUUCAUCCUCUGAUCUGAGAGCCAAGUGGUUCCUUUCUACCAGCCAGUGGCAAGGGUUCAUACCAUUGCAGAUCCCUGAAAUAGAGUCACUGGGCAACGAGGAGGCAUCAGACGUCGACAACCAAUCAACAGACCCUGAAGUGACUGAUUCUAAUGAAAUGUUAUCCACAGUCAGUCAAAGCUUAGAGAAAAUGAAAGAGAACCAUUCACUGUUCUAUAAGAUUGCAUGUGAUAUCAGUAUUUCAGAUACAGACAUUACAAGGAAUGAGGGAAGUUCAAACACAGAAACAACAUCUAAAGCAGAAAACGAAGAAGAACUGUUGAUCAGUGAAUCUGUACCACCAGAGCAGACCCAUAAUGCUGGCUCGUCACCUGACCCAGAGGUCAAGGAUCCCAGCUUUAGUUUACCGCCACUUGCUGGUGAAAAUAGUCUCUCAUUAAAUAGCACACAUACAGAUACAACACCUGAAAAUCCUGACCCAGCAGUUAAUACCUCAACCAGUCAAGUGAAGGAGGCAUAUAUAUGUGAAGAGAUUCCUCAAAAAGAAUGUGAGAAUGCCUCAAAAGAAGAAAGCCAGAUAGGAGUCAGAGAAAUCAACCACGGAGCUUCUGUUAAGCCCCUGGAUGAAUGUGCCAAGUCAAGAGAAGAAGACGAUGAGGCAAAAGAGUUAGAGGAAAAGAAGAUGGACCAAGAAAGACCUGAAACGCUGAAGAAAUCUAACAGUUUACGCACAGCAGACAGAAAGAGGGUCCAGGAAAGAGGUAACAGUGACCCCCUCACUCCAUCCAGUCCUAUUUAUGAGAGUGGGGGUGUGAUUCGGAGUGCUUCAUUUGGAAAGGCACGAGUAACAGUACUAAGGACAAGUUUGUAGACAGAAAACAAUGAAGACUUAAGGAGCUUAAAGGAACAAACUUAAGAAGGACGAGAACACAGUUAAAGUGAUUUGUAGACAAGAAAAAUGCCUCAAGAUGAGAGAAUGACAGAGGGAAUUUGGACCUGACUUUAGAUUAGAAAUGGGAAUUUGGGAACAAAUAUACUAAAAAUACAGUAUGUAAACUUCAACAUUACCAUUAUGCAUAAUAUUUGGUUUUAAAUAAAAUGCAUAUAUAAAGUCUUAAGAGAAUUUUAUCAAAACAAAACUGUGUACUGUAUGGAAAGAGUGUUGUUUUUGCAGUUGAUGGUGAACAGAAACUUACAGUGAAAUACAAGUAUUUGUGUUUAACUUUCAUUCCUUGAAAUAUAUGUGUCUAAUAUAAAGUGAAAACCGAGACAAUAAAUGGGGUCUGCUUUUAGAUGGCAACAUAACACUGUUAUUAUCACUGUAACAAAUUGUGCUUGUGUUUUGUACCUCAACUAUUCUGAUUAAUAAAUGUGUGGUCUGACACA